AGCAGAAACUAAAAAUACUCUAAAUUAUGCCGUGCGCGCUCGCAAUAUUAAAAAUAAAGCAGUUAUUAAUUAUGAUAGCAACGCUGAUAUUCUCACUAAAAUGAAGCAGGAGAUAAUGAAUCUUCGUUCGGAAUUGGCUAAAGCUAAGGAGCAAUCUGUGAUUGCGAGCUCACUAGGAGGAGUGCAUGGUGGGAAUAUAGAAAAGUUCAUUACUGAAAACAACCGCGUGCGAGCGCAAAACCGAGAGUUUAGCAAUAUUAUAAGUUCCUUUAUAUCAGCUUCCAAUUCAUUUCAGAAUAUUAUCGACACAGAAGACUUCAAGGAUUGUCGGGAGCCAAUUCGUCAAGGGAUAAUCAAUUUACUGCAAAUAACUAAAGAGCACACCUCUAAAAAACCACUAAUGUCCCAUUCUCAUUAUAACGAGCUGGCAAUGCAUUCUGAUUCGCCAGUGAGGGAAGCGAAUUUGGAAAAUAAUUUUAAUGAAGAACCAAAAGCAACUCCGAGUUUACUUGAAAUGGUUGAGCAUAUUGAUUUUGAAAUUUCUUCAAAAGAAGGAUUAAUAUUGAAUAUACAAUCCGAAUUACAAUCACAAGAAAUAGAAGAACAUCGAAACGUUUACGUUAAUAAAAUUCAGUCGAUGGAGCUAAUAAUUAAGGAAACUGAAAAGCAACGUGAUUUGUUAUUAAAAAAUAUCCAGUCCCUAAAAAAUAAGGAAAACGCAUUACUAAACACAAAAGUUCUUGAAUAUGAAAAAAAUAUAUCAGAAAGUAAACAGGAAAUCACGCGACUUCAACGGAAAACGAACCAAUUAACUCAACGGCUUAAAGAUAAUCAAAGUAAAGAAAAAAAAAUAGCUGAACUUUUACAAGAAGUUCGUGAAAUGAAGCGCCAAAAGAUUCGACUUUUAAAGCAAAUGAAGGAAGAUUCGAAUCGAAACAACACUCAAAAAGAACUGCAAAAAAGAACUAUUGCGAAACUUGAAAAGGAAAGAGGGAAGGACAAAGCACGUAUAGCGACUUUGGAAGUCCAGAAUAAACUUCAGACGGAAGUUUUAAAAAGAAAGUUGAAGGAAGCAAACUUAAUACAUAAAAGAAGGAAACUUUACGCGACUGGAACGGAAGACAAUAUAAAAAGAGAGACUUUUGACCGGCCAAUAGACGAACUCCAAACUUAUUUAACGAACCAAAUUGAGGCUUUAGUAAUCCAGAAACAGCAAUUGGCUGAUCUUUCUAUUUUGGCAGAAAAAAAGUCUCAGCUGGAACGCGAUCUUUCUUCAGAGAUUAAUGAAGAAGAACGCGAAUAUCUAAACGCUGAAGUUGAAUAUAUAAAUAUCCAACUGCAUGCUUUAGAAAACUGCAAUGAAAUAUUGAAUACGACAAAUAUUUCUGAUUCGAUUCAAGAAGUGCUUCAAUCAUUAACUAUAAAAGAAGCAUCCGCCAUUUUGAAAAUAGUUUUUCUUGAAGAAGUUCCUUUUCUUCGCUUAUCUCUAGACGCAGAGAAAAAAAUUGUUGACGAACUCAAAAGAGAACUUGCUCACUCUAUAAAAUUAGUGGUCAUUUUUCUCUUUUUUUGUUAG